GGCACGUGUCCGGCCCCUGGCGACUCCGGCGACUUCGUCCCCAACGCGGAAGCGGAGCUGUGCAGUGCCCUGGCGUCGCUCCAAACGCGGCAACGCCAAGACGUCUGCAUGCUGGAGUGCUCGGAAAUGGCGCUCUUGAACAAUUCCGACUACCAUCGGAGCUUUGCCGGCGCUUUGUCCAAACUCAUCAGCCGGUUGAAGGCCCAAUCUCAAAGUCUGCAGGACCCUUCCGGUGUUCCUUCGCAAGAACCCUUCACUGCGGACCCGUUGUACGUUCUGGAUGUGUCGGAGGGCUUUUCCAUGCUGUCCCUCAUCGCUGCCAGCCACGGUGGCGUGAAGGCCUACAGCUCGGUGGAAAAGAGCAAGCACCAGGAAGUGCUGGAACGCCUUACGCGCGCCAACGGCGUUUCGGAGGGCAGCUUGGAGUUUUGGCUCAACCACGGCGAGGACGACCAGGGUGCGCUACAGAGGCCCUCGCGUGAGAAACUGUGGAGCGCCAUCUUCCUGGACUGCGUGGAGACGUGCGGGCUCGUCAGGCAGAAGCUGAUGGAGAAGGCGUCCCUGGCUAGAUGUCUGCUGGAGUGCGGCGGUCGCGUCUUCCCACAUAAAUUGAUGAUGUUCGGCAUGCUGGUGGAGUCAGACACGCUGCUGCUGGAGAGCGCCGUCCAGGGCCGCGAGGCCACGCUCGGCUUCAACAUCGCACCGUUCAUCAAUCAGUUCACCGUUCCGGUCCACGUUUUCCUGGAUUUUUCCACGUUGGCGUGUCGACACCUCAGCGAACCGACCGAGCUCUUUGUUCUGGACCUCAUGGACUCUAACGCUAACUACGACGAGAGGGAGGUCCAGGUCCGGUCGACGUUGUCAGGGAGAAUCACUGCGGUGCCUUUCUGGUACGACAUUCACCUGGAUGAGGACACUCGUGUCAGUACGCUGGCACCGAACUCUCACUGGAAGCAGGCUGCCGUGGUCCUGCAGCGCCCACUUGAGGUCGCGGCCGGAGAGACGGUCCGGCUCACCGUCAAGCUCCGCAACAGCAGCAUCUCCAUCGAGGUGCGGAGAGAUGAGUGACGUUGCAACAGAGUGGUAGCAUGAAUUGUUUUUCAACUGUGCCACUUGGCCUUUUCGCGUUGCGUUCACCUCUGAAAAUCUUAGAACAAAAACCUACAUUUUAAUAAUAAAUACAAUUGGGAAAAUAUAAACGGCACUGUCUUUUUAUGAACAAACCACCAUUUGUUGUUUUAUUGGGAAAAAAUAAAGCUACGGAAGGCAUUAGAAUGAAGGACCACACUGAAAAGAGCAACAAAAGUUUUUUAUUGACCCGUUGCAGCUACGUCACGUGAUCACGUGAGUGCACCACGACGUACGGCAACAGUGAAUGACUGCCGACUUGAAGUGGACGGAAAAACGGAGCGAUUUAGCGACGGAUAAGUUAUUUUUGCCCAUCGAGCCAUGACAUCCACCUCUUGAAUAGCUCUGUUCACUGUUUUAAUCAAAUCGCAGUUUUUGAUUGACAGCGCACGCCCUUUAUUGUUGUUUUCAAUGCCGUAUCAGCUGGAGCUGAUAUAAAAGUCAGGACUCAAGCCAGUUUUUUUUUUGUUUGUUUGUAUUUUGUCGCUGGCUGGUCCCUGGGAUGAAAAGUUACUCUCACACCGGGGGGAAUACCUUGUAAUGGCGAAGGUAAAAGUUGCUUACGAUGCUGACGUUUUUUUUUUUUUUUUACACAUUCCAUCCUAUGUUUGCGCAAAGCAACAUGCAGUAAUUUAAUGAUUAUGAGUAAAAUACAUGAACAAUGAUCUACAGACCUUGUAAAAAAA